GAAAGGUCUGUGCACGUAGCAGAUUCCCUUUCUACCCCCAUAUUUUCCACUAAAUGUGAUCCACCGAUGAAUCCACAAACCCGACAGCAGUAGGACAGCCUACAGUAGAACGAUGAGUAACCAGUUACGAACCGACUCCGCGACGACGCCGGACCGCGAGAAUAAUCCCGAUCCGGUCUUGACAUACCUACAGCUUUACGCCGACCUAACAUACAAUGUCCUCAUCUGCUGUAGACCCGAAUGCCGACACGCUAUUUCACCAGACGGAGCCCAGGUUACUGCACACUUAUGGAACAAGCAUAGUGUCCCUUUAGCGGAUCGCUUAGGACUUCCAGAACAUAUACGCGAUUACUACUCUUCGGUAUUCCAAAAUCCCUCAGACGCAGCUCUGCGGCCCUGUGGUUCCAAACCCCAUCCGGAAGUCCAGACCUACGAUGGCUUCAGCUGCCGCAACUCUGCCCUCCAACCCACCUACUCGACUCCUACACCUUGGAAAAGCACUCAACCCUACAAACGCGCCCUAUAUUAGUAUCCGAGCAGACGAAAUUAAGAUCUCUGGGCUUGUUACUAUGUUCGACUGGAUACUCUCUCGCUGCGAGCAGACAGCACGCGAAACAUCUCGUACGGUCCUUUGCUGGUUCCGAAGCCUCCAGCCGGAUAAGAUCUAUCCAAAGCCGUUUACCCUAGUCUCAGCGAAGGCGAGCCGACAGAAGUAUCUCCGGAUUUUCCAGCGUUUUAUCGCCUUCAUCUUCCGCAUCUACCGCCUACCAACCUUUCAAUAUC